AUGUACUACCAACUCCAACACUAUAAGACCAUGGCGUCAAACCUCACGAAGAAAUUUCUGAAGGAAGAACGGGAAAACCGUGAGAAACAACUCGAACUCCUCUCCAUGAAGACCAGAUAUCACAAGAAUCUGGAGAGAGUCGUUCGGAACCUGCGAACUGAAAAGCGAAUGAGCGAGCAGUUGAAGAAGAGACUCGACGAUGCGAACAAAUUGAUCAAGUCUCUGAGCGAGCAGAAGGGUCUGACUGGUAUUGUGAAACAAGAGAUACCUGAGCCAGACACGCCGAGAGUUCUUAGGGAUAUCAAAGAGGAGAUCGAGGAGCAAGAAGAUGAGGAUCAGGAUUCCGAGCUGGAAAAACAAUCCUUUCCAAUCAAGAAGAGCCCAGAAACAGUUGCAAUUCACUGGUUGAAGAAAGAAAACAAACGAUUGGCGCAGGAAUUGAGACUUCAGGAGUCGAGAUCAAAACCAGAGCCAAAGAAGAAGUCCGGGGAAUUCAAACCAAAAAAAUUCAGAUCAAAGAAGAAAAAAGAUCAAAAAAGAAGAAAUGGAAGGAAGGAUUGGAAGAUUGGCACCGACGGGUUUUCUGGUUGA